CGCAUGUGACAGCGAUAGCUGACACAUAAGUUUGCUAAGUGAGGUUAUUUCCAGUUGUUUCAAAAAAUAAAAUUAUUAUCAAAUCACUGUAAAAAUUAAAAAUAUGAGCGACAAUAUAGCUCUGAUAAACUACUUAAAAGUAAUUUUAGGUGAUGAUGUAUCACAAGAUAUCGUAAGCUACAUAAAAAGUAUUGAACAUGAAGAAGACUACGCUGAAUUCAUGGACAACAUCCUAGACAAAAAUAAUGCUAGUCACAUAAAUUCCUUCGAAGGCAUAAAAGGUAUACUAUUUGGUAAAAAGCAAAAAAACAAGUCUUUUAAUAAUAACCCAAGUUCGAGUAACAACUCUAAUAAUAAUAAUCAGCAAAAAUCGAAUUUACAGAAAAAGGGCAAGACAAAAUUCAAAGAUAUAAACAUUUUUCAAGAAAAGAAAAAGCAAAAAGAAGGUCGUACUGCUUGUGAUUGUAUGGGACAAGAACAUGAAUUUAUGAACAAUUGUGUUGUAUGUGGUAGAAUUCACUGCUUUGAGGAAGGACCUGGGGAAUGCUUGUUUUGUGGAAACCCUGUUUCAGUUAGGGGUGCAGAACAAUUCGAUAACAGGAAACAGAAAGCUAUAAUGAAACCGAAAAAGAACAAAGUCUACGACGACGACAACGAUUAUUUUAAAACGAAUUCAAAGAAAAGCAAUGCCAAAGAGGACAGACAAAAGAUGGUCGUCGCUUUGGAUUUCGCUACUAGGAGAGUAAUCGAAAGUACGCAGGAAGAUGGAGAGAUAAGGCGAAGAUUGCUGAAGGAUUCCGUCGAGCAUUUGAAGAGAGUGGAAGAGAUGUACAAAGAGAUACAACAGCGGUCCGAGAUGUCCUACCAAAGAUUAAGAACUGAGAAUGCAAACGAAGAACUGGUUGACCUAUUGAUUCAAAUGCGACAUAAAAAACCGUCCAGUAAAGAAGAAUUGGGUGUUGAAGAUUCAUCAAUGCCGAUCAUCAACUACGGAACGAGAGUCCUAGACGAGGAUUUGAUCGUGAACACUGAUCACGGGCUGUGUUUAAGUAUGCACCAGCCGUACGCCAGUCUCUUGGUUGCUGGAGUCAAAAAACACGAAGGUAGGACUUGGCCCACAACACACAGAGGAAGACUAUGGAUCGCUUCGGCAGCCAAAGUACCUGAUGACGAGGAAAUUGAAGCUUUAGAAACGUUUUACAGAGAAUAUUAUCAAGACACGUCUUUGAAAUUCCCUAGAGAAUACCCGACCAGUUGCCUUUUGGGUUGCGUCUUCGUGGAAGACUGUUUAGAGGAAGAGGUUUAUAGAAAACAGUUUCCCAAUGGUGAAAGUAAUAGUCCUUACGUGUUAAUUUGUUCCAACCCGACGAUUUUACCAAUAUUUUAUCCAAUCGCCGGGAAACAUAAAAUAUAUUCGCUUGAUAAGGACCUUCAUAGAUGUGCUAAAUUGGCUUUACAACAUUCGCAUUCUUUUUAGUUAUCAAUAUUUUUACAAAUAAAAAUGUUUAUUUACUGAAAAAUAGAAACAAAAUAAAAGUUAUUAAAAUAAUUAGAAGUAGUAGAAAUACUGUUUAUAUGUUAAAUUAUGAAUGUGAUCAAUUUUCUUGAUGAAAGAGUAAAAUUCGAAAUCCAUACUGCAAUGUAUUUAUUGAUAUAAAAAAAUUGCGACUAGUUUUGAUCUAUAAGGCCAUCUUCAGACGUUGAUAACUUAAAGUAAUGAUUAAAAAAACAUCAAUAUGGAUCCAUGUUACACUUAAUUAAGUUACAUUUUUGCCAAUACAUCGACUUUUACUUUUUAAACUCUUUAUUUCGUUACUCAUUUCAAAAAUUACAUUUUUUUACUUAUUUAAAUAAUCUCGAUAUUUAUUGGUCUACGGACAUUUGUGGGGGUAUCAACAACUCAUUCUUGGCUCCUUAUCUUCACCUCUAUCAACAUCCUUGCCUUUUUUCAUGUCCUCGUUUUUUCUCAAUUUGAACAAUUUGGCCACAUGGAUUGACUGAAAAUUAAUUUGAAAUUAUUUUUAUAUGUUGAGGUAUAGCUGUUGGCUCAAAUAAAUUACAA